AUGGAUCCCAAGUUUCAAAGCCAAUGGGGAAGUUCCAACUUCAUCUUUUAUCAAAAAGAUUGUGGGUUUUCAUGGCCUCGGAGAAACUUCACUUGCAACUUUUGCAAAAAAGUUUACAGGUCUGCACAAGCUCUCGGUGGUCACAUGAAUGUUCAUAGAAGAGAUAAAGCCAGACUGGGGCUCUCAUCACCUUCAAACCCUAACCCUAACUACAUAUCAUCAUCACCACCUUCACUGGUCCAUUAUUUACCUUACCAUGCUCCUCUUGUUUCAACUACGAACACGAAAGAAGAACACCAGAAGCUCAAAGAUGGAGAAGAAGAAGAAGAAGAAGAAGAAGAAGAAGGAAAUAAGAGAAGAGUUUGGAAGAAAUAUGAAAUCUUUAACAUGGGUUUGCUCAAAGAUGGAAACAUUGAGCUGGAUUUGGAACUUCGACUAGGCCGAUCUUGA